GUGUUAAGAUAGUGCUGGUAUCUACUGACAUCUCAAUCUGUUAUGACUUAGGCUUAGCAACUUUGUGACUUAACGACGACUGGUAACUCAUCAAUAUUUUGUAAUAUGAAUUGGUUUCCAAAUUAUAUUGUCUACAAUGAUUAGAUACAGUUUCGGUAACCUUUGCAAUCAAUUACUGAUUAAUUCAUAGUCACAUCAGUCUCCAUGCUCAAAUCACUAAGAUUUUUCUUAUUCACAUGGUCUGCCUGUAUAGAGGGACCAUUGAUAUCUUUUGCCUCUCAAACUGUGGGCUAGCUUUUUCUCUCUGUUUAUUUUCAUAACAUUUGCUUUAUUCAUGUAAUUAUUGAUUUGACGAUAAAUUGUCAUCAAUGAUGAAGAUUGUCUCCCUCUCUUCUUUGCCUCUUCUGUUGCCAAUUUCAUAGUUUUAUAAUCUUUCCCUUUACUGUAUUUCAUUAUAAACUCUUUCACCUUCAUCGUCUCAAGUCACAUUGCAUCUUUUACUCGUCACUUUGCUUUUACAUCUGUUUAAUGCAAGAACCUUUAAUCAUCACUAUUACAAUUGACAUCGCCGCAGAUAUCAUUAAAAACAUCAUAACUAGGACAAAAUUAUCUAACAUGUUCAUUCUUGACCCAGUGUUUAAGCCUUUUCAAUUUCAACAAUCCCUUGUCCAUGGUUCAAUUGUUUUCAAUUGCUUCCACCAAUCUUGUCAUCAAUCUUGUCAUUGUUUCUCAGUUAAACCUUAGUCUGUUCACUUCAAAGUCAAGUUAAACAAUCACUUUUCGUGGACAACUUUAACAGUCAAGGCUGAUCGUAUGCUAAUCAAGAUGAGUCCCGUUAGUGUCAAGUUGUUUCUCUCCUCGCUAUUGAACUCCAAUAAAUGCUGAAUCAGACAACAAACAAUCAAAAUAUGGUUUCCAGGAGUUAAUUGCUCGAAUCCGGAUCGCCUGCAAAUUUACCAAACCUAAAAGACCUGAGAGUGAAAUUCAUGCCGAUACGGUUGGUAGUGGUAUCGGUGGUGAAAACUAUUCAUUGAAUGAAUUACGGAAACUCAGUAGGAAAGAGUCAACUCUCCAUAAACCGAUGGCCAACAGUUACCAACGUCAAAUCAGUGCAUCCUCUUCAAGAGCUAUCAUCGGAGGUCAAGGCUACCAUCUUAACCUGGGUCCAUCUGAUUCAAACUCAACUACACGAAAUUACAUUAUUGCUGAUGGAAAGAUACAUUUUUGGAAAAAUUUUGGCUAUGAGCCAGAGGGUCAUCCUUUUGUCAAAGCAGCUCAUGAUACUGAUGGAGAGGCGAUUGCGGCUAUAAUGCACAGACAAUGGCGAAUGCAACCUCCAAGGAUUGUAGCUUUAAUUAUAUCCAAUGUCGACUCUUUAAGAGAUUGGUCCAAUCCACGGCAAAUCGAUAAUUUCAAGAAAGGAUUGAUAAAAGCAGCCAAUACAACAAAUAUGUGGAUAUUUACAACUGGAACUAAUUUAGGAGCCUCUAAAAUAAUUGGUGAUGCUGUUAGCAAUGAAAUUAAAGAGCGUCAAUCGUUUCAUUGUCAUCCAUCUCAUAGUAAAUCAGAAGGAAGAGGUAUCACCAAGCCACCAAAUCUUAAUUUUAUUGGCAUUACAAGGGAAGAUGCAAUAAAAUAUGCUGACCAAUUAGGUUCCGAUAAGACUGAUAUCAACAUUGAAAAUCAAGGAAAUAUCCCAGAAGAAGGAAAAUAUGAUCUUAAUCCAGAUCAUACUCAUUUCAUUGUAGUUCGAGAUAGCACAAUUAACAAAACAGGAAUCAAUUUAUUCGUCCUUCGAUUAAUGGGUUUCCUCUCAACUGUAGGCGGUUGUGAUUUUAUUCGUGAAAAUGUUGAAACAGAUUUACAUACAAAAAUUAAAGAUGUACCCGAUUUAUGUUCAUUAACCAACAUGGAAAUUCCAGUUGUAUCCAUUGUUGUUCAAGGAGGCUACGAUUGUGCUCGUUUGGUUGUUGACUGUUUGAAAAGACAGUAUCCAGUUGUUGUUUUAAAAGGUUCAGGAGGUUUAGCUGAUCUUCUUGCCUUUGCCUAUUCAGAGCUUGAACAAAGGGCUCGUGAAACAGGACCUUGGGGAACAUGGGAUCCGGAAUAUGUUGAAAACUUUCUCAAACCUGAAUUGGUUACAAAGAUCGCCCAUUUUUUCCCUAAACUUAGAGAAAAUGUACUCACCAGAAACCUAUUUCGUGAUCGAAUAUUGGAAUGUGUUCGUCUGGCCAAGCAAAAUAGCCUAUCAUUUAUUACUGUACUUAAUAUGCACAAUUAUUCUGAAUGUAAAUUGGAAAACUUAUCUGUUUAUUUAUUGCGUGCUCUUUUUGCCUCUAAACCUCGAAGCAGUAAUCGAGUUCAUGAUUAUUCCCGGUCAACUCAUGAAGGUUCAACAGUCUCAGAUGACAAAAUAUUGAAAGAACUGUACUUAACGCUGGAUUGGAACUGUCCUGAUGUCGCCUCUUCAGAGGUUUUACACCGAGAUCCUACCUAUGUUGUACGCUUACAAAAGGACCUUUUUCAAUCUGCAUUACUCCGUCCCGAUCGAGAAGAAUUUGUUGAUCUAUUUCUAUCUAAUGGUUUCCGAUUACAUAAAUUUGUCACACCAACUCGUCUUCGUCGACUAUUUAAACACAUUUAUGAAGAAGAGUUUUUCCAUACCGUUUGUUGGGAAGGAGUUUUAGGCCAUAGUUUACUUUCACGUCCUUCUAAACAUUUUAUUGACACUGAUCUCAAUUGGUUAAUUGAAACUUGUACUGGUUUCAACAAUUUUGUCAACUCUGAUCACCUCUACUACAAUGUUAUGUCCAUGUAUGUUUAUAAUGCUGCUUCAGCUGAAAGGAAAGCUCUCGCCAUAUUAACUCUUUGGGCAAUAUUCAGUUCUCGCCAUAAACUUGCUAAAACCCUUUGGAAACAUUCUGAUCAACCCAUUCAUCUGGCUUUGGUUGCCUCAAUGGUUUACAGUCGUUUGUCAUCUUACGUAGGCGAUACAAAUGUCAAGACAGAUUUAAAAAACUAUUCCCGAAUCUUUGCCGAAAUGGCAACAGGAGUUUUAGACGAUUGUUACAAUGAUGCGACCUGUAGAGCAUUUGAUGUGUUAUCUGAAGAAAGUCCCGAUUGGAACUAUAAAACUGCUGUUGACAUUGCCUCCAAUGCUAGGACCAAAAUUUUCCUAGCUCAUCAAUGUUGCCAAAAAUGGUUAACAGACACUUUUCUCGGUGAUAUACGAAUAAGAGAGUUAGGUUGGGGUGUAUUUACUUUACCGGAAUCAUUUAAGAUAAUUGUAUGUGCUUUCCUUAUUUUACCGAUGUUUAUUUGGGUUCGAUUCAAACCUAGAUCUUCUCGUGGUGUAGUUGAGGAGCAAGAAGACGAUGAAAAAGAUGGCCAAGAUAAUCAAGGAGGAGAUGAAGUCGGUGGAUUAAUGAACUCAGGAGCUGGUGGUGAAAAUUUAGCACAAAUGGCAGCUAAAACGGCUGGUAAAGCUGUUUCUGGUGUAAUAAACAUUCGCGGCGCUGAUUACGUUACUUUGAUAAGGGAUCGUGAAGUUUUCAUUCGUCAACAACCUCCAUUAUUAACUAUGAUCAAAUUAAUGUGGUCUGCUCCAAUUACAAAAUUUCACACAUUUCAAGUAUUCUACAUUGCUUACUUAGUCUUAUUUUCAAUUGCCGUUCUUUAUCCGUCUUGUGGUAAUCAAACACUUGAUUACACGGUCUGUGUUUGGACUUCACUGAUUGUCAUGGAACAUAUUAGACGAACUUGGAUUCUCUACAAAAAAUAUACUUCCAUACCUUUGGUUUGGAAAUGUAUAGAGAUAUUUCUUAUAAUUAUUUUUAUCAUUGUUUAUACAACUUACACUGCUGGUCUUAAUCUUAAAUUUCUUACUCUUUCACCAUAUGGUCGUAAAGUUGUUUUGAGCGUUGCUCUCUUAUACUUCUAUUACCGUUUAAUUGCCAUGUAUUUGCCUAUUUCACCUACUUUGGGUCCUCUUUUGUACCGUUUACGGUUAAUGAUUGGAGUUGAUUUUCUCAAUUUCAUGCGGAUGGCAAUCGUGAUUAUCGUAUCUGGUGGAGUUGUUAUGCAAGCUCUACUUUUCCCUGAUCUCGAUCUUACUCUGGAUGUUGUCAAACAAGCGUUCCAUCGAGCUUGGUUUUCCCUCUUUUUAACUCCGGUCGGAGAUCUCUCCGCUGAUUCUAAGUGCAAAGCAUAUCCAGCUCAUCGAAACGAUCCUUCUACCUGCUAUGCAGGAAAAUAUAAUAACACAGCUAAUCCAACACUGUGUCCAGAUGAUGAUUUAUGGUCAUAUAUUUUUGCAAUUCAAUAUUUUGUCCUGUUAAAAUUGAUUAUGAUGACUCUGUUAUAUGCCUUAUUUUCAGCCACAGCUUCUAAAUUAGAAGGUAGAACUGAACAAAUUUGGAAAUAUCAACGUUAUAUUUUGGUAGUCGACUUUGCCAAUCGUUUACCUUUACCUGCACCAUUAAGCAUCUUUUGUUACAUUUAUUUUGUACUAAAAUGGAUUUUUAGAACCUUGUCUUGUUAUUACUGUUUCAAAUGGAUGAAAAACCGCGAAGGAAAAAAUCAACCAGAUGGAGCAUUCGGUGAAGCAGAUACUAAAUAUAAUAUGAAAUUAUCUGAAGAAGACUACAAUUUCUGGAGACAUUUAGCUCGACAAUAUGCAAACAAAGCAGAGAAAAACCAAGAAGAAAAGGAUAUUAUCAAGAAACAGUGGGAAGGAGUUCAAUCUCUAGCUGAAGAGAUUGAAUAUGAGAAACGGCUGAUGAAAAAGAUAAAUACUCGAGUCUCUGAACUGGAACGAAUGAUGACACUUUCCCAUGUAUACCUUGAAAACAUUAAACACAUUUCAUCUCUUAAAUUUGGUAACCUGGAUGCCUAUGGAUCUUCACCUUCAACAACAAAAUCAUUCCAUCACAUUCUCUCAAGACAAAGUCCAUACCCAGGAACGCGAGUUCAAAGGAUUCCUGUACCAGAUAAAUAUGUUCCUUGGGAAGUUAUGUGGAUUGAUUACGAUCCAGUAGCAUAUACUAAACAAAAAAUGGACUUUCCUCAAAACUUUCAGCACAAUGUUGAUGAAGAUAUUUUGUUUCUGCGAGAGUAUAAUAUUGAACAAGUUACUUCUAAAUUGCCUGUUUUCAAUUGGAACAGUUCAUCAACAAAUCCUGCUGGUAUAACUAUUGAUAGAACCUCUUGGAUUACCAAAGAUGGCUGCACCAAUUUAGUUUAUAGUCUAGACUCUGGCAUACCGAGAAAUCCAUUUGGUCGAACUGGAUUGAAAGGGAAAGGAUCUUUACCACGUUGGGGUCCAAAUCACUAUGUAAUGUUUGUGAUUACUCGAUGGCGUACAUCGAGAAUCGUUUCAACUGGUAAACUCUUUGAAUUUAUUGUUGAAAAAAAUUUACCUCGCUGGGAUCAAAUAUCACUGCCAAAUCGUUUUGUUCCUGGUGAUAAUUGGUAUGGAGACUUACAAACGUUAUUCAAUGUUCCUGAUGAUCAACAAUGGACUAAUGAUGAAAAUGUUGAAGCCUUUUUUACUAAUUGCUCUCUAUCCAAUACAAAUAAACCUGCUGAAUCAGAGGACACAGUUUUGGUCAAGUUUAUCAAAAAUGAUGCAACCUACAUGGAUGAUCCAUUGAACACUGAUAUGGCAUGGAAAGAAUUGGUUUUAAUUCAUGUUCAUUUUACUGGAAACGAUGAUCUGGACAAAAAAAUGACGCCUUCAUUAAACUGGAGAAUCAUAACUGAAGAUGUCUUUCUCAAAUUACCUUCUGGUCAAUCGACCAUUCUACAAUCAGUAACCAACAAAUUACAAGCAACAAUCAUUUGAUUUGAACCGUCCUUUAAAAUUUCCAUAAUAAUCAUCACCAAGCAUAAAAUGUAAAAGUACCAAAAGUUAUUAAUUCACAAAUUACCGGUGACAACGAUGAAUCUUUAAUUUAACCUUGAUUAUCUCAUCUUCAAAUGAAAACGCAAAACAAUGUAAACAUUUCUCUUCUCAAUUACUAGAUAAUUCAAUUUAUCUUGAUUAGCAAUUUUUAUUCUUGUAAUUAACUUCUCUUGAUUGGUUUCUGUUAACUGAUUCAAGUUUGCUGGCCUUUAAUCUCUUCAAACACAAACAACAAAAUCUGUGAUAAUUUGUACAAAUUUAUUUUCUGUUUACUAUUCAUCAAGUUUCCAAUGUAAACUUGAAAGAUCCUAACACAAUUUAUAUUGUGCUGAUGGAUAUUACAUUGAAAGAUUAUGGAAUC